AUGAACGAGAAAAACGAGUCAGAGAGCAGCCUGCCAGAAAACAACCAAAACUUGCAGCAGAAUCGCGAACAUGAACACAUAUCAGACGAUUCUCAGACCAUAACACAAGAUCCCCCUCCUGUACCAGAUGGAGGGUACGGUUGGAUCGUCACAAUCAGCGUCGCCUUAAUAAACGGCCACUCCUGGGGCAUUAGCUCAGUUUACUCUGUCUUCCUGGCUGACUUCAUCGCUCACGACACUUUUCCUGGCACGACCAAGUUGCAAUACGCCCUAGUUGGGUCUCUUAGUGUGGGAUGCACUCUCUUCAUUGCUCCUGCAAUGACCGUCAUCGUGCGCAAGAUUGGAACAAGGCCGACCAUGCUAGUCGGCGCGCUAUUUCAGUCAGCAGGUCUUGUCUGUGCCAGCCUUUCGAAGGAAAUAUGGCAUCUUUUUCUGUCACAAGGAGUAUUGUUUGGCUUGGGCAUGGGCAUGCUUUUCCUUCCGUCCUACGGCAUCAUAUCCCAAUGGUUUAACAGAAGACGUGCUCUGGCCAACGGGAUAGCCAUUGCCGGCGCGGGGCUCGGCGGGUUCACCUACUCUCUCAGUACCGGUGCCAUGAUUCGGAACCUCGGAGUCGACUGGGCCUACCGGAUUCUGUGCCUAGUUUCUGCGGUCGUUAACAUCGCAUGUACUCUCUUCAUAAAAACACGGUACGCUGCCACUGGAGCACUUCCAGUGGCAUUCGACAUUUCCUUGCUUAAGAGAAAGGAGUUUCUACUCAUCAUCGCUUUCGGCUUCCUUAGCAUGCUGGGCUAUUUCAUCCUCAUCUUUACUUUGGCUAAUUACGCCAACAUCAUCGGACUUGACGCGUCCCAAGCUGCCUGGAUACCAGCUCUUUUUAUGCUGGGGCAAGCAAUAGGACGACCGGUCAUUGGAAGGCUCAGCGAUCGUUGCGGACAUAUCAAGAUUGCCCUGUUGAUGAACCUCCUCUCUGGGGUCUUCUGCUUGGCUAUUUGGCUGAAUGCGAAAUCUUUUGGGCUCCUCAUUUUCUUUGCGCUCGCUGUGGGCCUUGUAGCCGGUGCGUUCUGGGUGACGAUCGGGCCUAUAAUAGCACAUGUAGUAGGCCUCAAGAACCUACCUUCUGGCUUAUCCAUCCUCUGGGUAGCUUUGGCUCUCCCCUCCACAUUUAGCUCGCCAAUCGCUUUGGAGAUAUUUGCGCAGACCGGGAAGUACACAGGAGCUCAGAUAUUCGCCGGAGUUACGUUCAUCUCAUCUAGCUUCUGCUUGGCUUGUCUUUGGAGAGUACUCCCGCAAAAAUAA